AUGACCUCAGUCUUUGGAUACGAGACUGAAUCAUCAUCAUAUUCAACUCUAACAAUGACAGCCAAGAGAAGAAACUCAGCACAGGGUCAGAGAUCAAAGACAAAGAAGGCAAAGAGUACAGUACAACAGGGGCAACCAGUUAAUCAAGUUGUAAACAACGCCCAACCACAAGACUCUCCUCAAGAAGAUCAUCACCCAUGGGAGUCCGCAAUCAAGCAUCUAAGAGAGACCAAUCUCAAUGCACAUAGGAGAACCGAUGGUGAUGAGAGGGACAGAGUGGAGCUUCAGCCAUACACAAUCGCUGAGAAUGUGAAGCUGGAGGUGUUUCUAUUAAGACACGAGCACAAUCUUCUUGGAGGUUUGAAGAAUCUACUUGCUUAUGUCGAUGGAUCGGUUCUCAUCUAUGAACUUGAUAUCUCCGAGGCCCACGAUGUACUUGCUGAUUGGUUUUCAAUCGUCUGGGUUGGAGCCAAUGCCAACAUUCGUCGACGUCUCCAAGGAACAGCUGGCUUUGAUCUCACAAUUGCUCCCAACUUGGUUCAACAGGCCGACAGAUCGUUCAGACCAAGGAAUCGAACAGGAAUGCCGGCCAAUACUGAUGGUGCCCGAUUCCCAACGAUUGUAAUCGAGGUCGGAGUGUCAUCGUCUCUCGCGUCACUUCACACAAAAGCCCAACGUUAUCUUGGUGGUGGCACUGAUGUGCAGAUCGUGUUGUGCAUUUCUGUGUGGCCGAGACGAGACAACAAUCUGCACAACUUCCAAAUGGUGGCCCUCCUCUACCUUCGCGAUCAUUCGGUGAUGCUCCCACAAUUGGUCGUGUCCUUUGGAAGUGCUGCACUUCAUUGGGAAACGCUUAACUCAAUUCAAAGCUUCUUCGAAGACGAAUGGAACGCAAGGCGACCGAUCCCGGGACCUGACGGUGCACCAAUUGUACCUCCUGCUGCGCCCGCUCAGCUUCCAGAAUUCCCACCUGCUGGAUUCGUCUAUCCCAUUCAUGGACAUCUCAAUGCAGCUACAGUGCCCCCUGGUGUCCCCCCCAACCCAGUUUAUAUUCUCCAACCAGUCUGUUCCAUGGGGUCCCUGGAAUGGUCCUUGCUGCAGGUGGGCAAGUGUUUCUGCCAGCAAUCAACCAAGCUGAAAAUCUAG